GGUCGACAAUCGAAACAACCAUUUUGAAUUUCGACAUUUAGUCAUUUGAUCGACUUGAAAACUUAUUAAAUUUGAGGAAAAAAGGGGGCACCGCAUACACUAUAACUGUGGAAAAUUGUUUGUUGGGUGCCCCAAUUCAACGACAAAUUGUGUUUUAUAGUGUCAAAACGCUGUGGAUAUUGAAAAGUUUGUGCCGGGGAAUAUUGCGAUUUUUUUUUUUUGGCCUCGCCCGUCAAAUUAAAUGUUGCACACCCCAAUAGACCCUAAUAGACCGUGCGAGAACAAUUGAAAAACAAUAAAAGAAACGCGGAUUUUAUUGAUGUUAAUUGAUCCAUUAUGUUGAGGAUGAGCAAAAACGUUUUAUGUUUGGAUUUGUGACCGUAUGAGUAGUUUUAAGAGAUAUAUCUACUGUUCGGCGUGAUCUGUUGAAGUUUUACUUUCACAAAAAAAGUUAAAAGUGUCGUCCUAGAGAUUCUUUCUUUGGAUUAAUAUCGUUACCGCAUAACACCAAAUACAGACAUUUCUGUUCUCGUGAUCCUGCUCGUAUAAUAUUGUGUGUGAACUAAAUGGACACUAGAUUUGAUCGAUGAGGACGUUUCGUAAUAAUACCGAUCUGUGAAGCAUUGUAAUUGUUUUUUAUUUCGGACGAAUGACUAAACACUUCUGGAAUCUAUUUUGAGAAAAAAAAAAAAUUAAUUUGAAAAAUACGAAAUAUUUAUGAUUUAUUCAUGAUUUAUUUUGCAUAAUAAUUUGCCGAUAAAUUUUUUUGUUUUGUUUUGUUUGGAUUUGAUGUUAUGGUACACGUUGAAGAAAUCGUCGUAUAAAAAUAAGUUCAGUGCAAACAUCACAUAAUAUACGCGAGACAGACAAAUAAAAAGCACAUACACACACAACAACAGUUGCUGCAGCGAACAGCAUAGGUUUUAAUAUGGAGUGCUGCCUUUCUGAGGAGGCCAAAGAGCAAAAACGAAUCAAUCAGGAAAUUGAACGACAGCUCCGUCGAGACAAAAGGGAUGCACGUCGAGAACUCAAAUUGUUACUGUUGGGCACUGGUGAAUCAGGGAAAUCAACAUUCAUCAAACAAAUGCGAAUCAUCCACGGUAGUGGCUAUUCAGAUGAGGAUAAACGCGGUUUUAUAAAACUAGUCUUUCAAAACAUAUUUAUGGCUAUGCAAUCAAUGAUUCGGGCAAUGGAUAUUUUAAAAAUUCAAUAUAUUUCCUCGAAUAAUAUCGACUCUGCAGAAUUAGUUCGAAGUGUAGAUUUUGAAACAGUCACAACGUUCGAACCACCAUAUGUUCAAGCUAUUAAAGACCUGUGGGCUGACGGAGGUAUACAAGAAUGUUAUGAUAGAAGACGAGAAUAUCAACUGACCGAUUCAGCGAAAUAUUAUCUAAUGGAAAUUGAUCGGGUGGCUGCACUCAAUUAUUUGCCGACUGAACAAGAUAUUUUACGGGUUCGUGUGCCAACUACAGGAAUCAUUGAAUAUCCAUUCGAUUUAGAGGAAAUUCGGUUUAGAAUGGUUGAUGUAGGAGGUCAGAGAUCGGAAAGAAGGAAAUGGAUUCAUUGUUUUGAAAAUGUUACAUCGAUCAUCUUUCUUGUCGCUCUGUCAGAGUAUGAUCAAAUUCUAUUUGAAUCUGAAAAUGAGAAUCGUAUGGAAGAAUCAAAAGCUUUAUUUAAAACAAUUAUAACCUAUCCGUGGUUCCAACAUUCAUCAGUCAUUCUUUUUUUAAAUAAAAAAGAUCUUUUAGAGGAAAAAAUAAUGUAUUCACAUUUGGUAGAUUACUUUCCGGAAUAUGAUGGACCUCAAAGAGAUGCUAUAACUGCUAGAGAAUUUAUUCUUCGAAUGUUCGUAGACUUAAAUCCUGAUUCAGAGAAAAUAAUUUAUUCCCAUUUUACAUGUGCAACUGAUACGGAAAAUAUUCGAUUUGUAUUUGCCGCCGUAAAGGACACCAUUCUGCAAUCGAAUCUAAAGGAAUACAAUCUGGUGUGAACUGGAAUUUUCUACACUUUACAUAAAUACUUUUUCUGUUCUUUCAUAUACAUCAAAAAAAAAAAGUAAAACGCGAGCUCUUGUCACAUGCAAAAAAUAAGAAAAAUAAAAAAAAGUAAAAAAAGAAGAAGAAUUAGUGUCAUAUAAAUAUAAAUUAUACAAAAAAAAAUAGCUUAAUGGAAUCGCUACUAAUUACAUUCGUCAUAAAUGAAGAAGAAGAGGAAAAAAAAUUGAAAAACAAAAUUUGAAAAAAAUAGAAAAUUAGAGAAUAAAGAAGGAAAAAAGUGAAAAAUAAAGCAAAAAAAUAAAAAAUUUAAAACCAAAAGUCAAUCAAUUUCGACUAACGAGCAUUAUAUGGAUGCAUACCGUUGUGUAUGCCUUCUAGUAAUUUGCAUUUUGAUAAUAAAACUUAUGAAUUUUAUUGUAAACCGUCAGAGUUAUGUAUGAAAAAUAUCUGUACUAAAAAUGCGCCGAACAUUUUUUUGUUUUCUUUGUUUUUUGAAUUUUUUCAUUUUUGUUUUUUGUUUUAAUUCCAAUAAAUUUUUAUAUUAUAAUAUUUUACCCAGUACACCCAGUAUAGGCGUGAAGAGUAUCGACAUAAGAUUUUUUUUUCAGCCGUCAAGUUCCUUUCCGAAAAGUGUCUACCAUUGUUGCCAGUGGACGAAACACUUUUGUUUGUUAAAUUUAGUAAAGGAAAACAAAAAAUGAUCGUAGCAUUUCGUCUAAGGAACAUCUCAUUUCGCACAA